GCUGUGAUCCAAACUUCAACUGGAUCUCUGGUUCUGGUUCUGUUCUCUUUCUCCCCAGUGGAUCAAUAGUCAGAUUGUUUGUGUGAUCGAGUUUCUGAGCAGGAAGCUGGAGAUGGAGAGCGACCACUCCCUGAGUGUGUGUGUGUGUGUGUGUGUUUCUCACUUCUUCUUUUAACUUUUUCUCUGCUGAGCCCUGAAACACUCACUGAUCUCUGAAACGGGUCAACAGAACCAGCAGAUCUGGGCUUCACCGACCCAGUAGAGCAGAAACCAGAACAUCUGAAGUCCAGGAAACAAAAGCUGAGAGGAACAUCAGGAACUGCUGGAGAAGAGGAAGAGCUGCUGUUACUUUAAAUAGACCAAAGUACCAUCAGCUGCUGGAAACCAACUUCUCAAGAAGAAAACAAUGCAAGAAAAACAGACUCUAAACCAGGGCAACAUGGCCGCCACGUGUUUCUGAGCAAACUGUCCAACCGAGGAACCUGAAGCAUCUCAGACCGAGGAACCUCCUGCAUAGGAACAACCAGAUUCCAGUGAGACGAACGUCUGAAGGUUUCUGACGCUGCCAUCAUGCAGACUGUGAAGUGUGUCGUCGUUGGCGACGGCGCCGUGGGGAAGACCUGCCUGCUCAUCUCCUACACCACCGGAGCGUUCCCCAAAGAGUACAUCCCUACCGUGUUUGACAACUACAGCAGCCAGGUGACCGUGGAUGGACGGGUCAUCAGUCUGAACCUGUGGGACACGGCGGGGCAGGAGGAGUACGACCGGCUGAGGACGCUGUCGUACCCGCAGACCAAUGUCUUCGUCAUCUGCUUCUCCAUCUCAAGCCCCGCCUCCUACGAGAACGUCAAGCACAAGUGGCACCCAGAGGUUUUCCACCAUUGUCCCAGCGUUCCCAUCCUGCUGGUUGGCACAAAGAGCGACCUCCGGAACGACACGGAGAUCCAGAAGAAGCUGAAGGAGCAGAACCAGGCGCCCAUCACCCACCAGCAGGGCCUGAACCUGGCCAAGCAGAUCCAGGCAGUCCGCUACUUGGAGUGCUCGGCGCUGAACCAGGACGGCAUCAAGGAAGUGUUCGCCGAGGCGGUGAGGUCCUACCUGAACCCACAGCCCACCGUCAGCAAGAGGCACUGCUUCCUGCUCUGAGAGUCUGCUCUGAGAAAUGUUUCAACCUUUUUCCUCUCAUUUCAUUAGAUUUUUACCCUUUAAUUAGAAAAAACGCAAUUUAAGACAGAGAUUAAAGGUUUUCCAGAACUUGUGAUGCAAAUUGACCGGCCGUGGGUUGAAUGUGUAGCUCUGCUGUGAUUGGUUCAGACUCAACCAGAGCCGUCUGAGCAUGUGCAGGAUGUCUGAGGUCUUCUACAAACUCAAAUUUCAGCAAAAUGGUCCAAAAUCAUCCCCUGACAAUCAGCUUUAGGUUCAGAUGGACCUGAAGACAUCUUAGUUCUGCUGAGGCAUCCAUGAACCAGUAAAGCACCAGUAAAACCAGAGACUCUGGUGGAGUCCGGCUCCAGGAACAGGUUUGAUGUCUAAACUGAGAAUUUAACUGCAGAAACACUGUUUACAUGAUGGCUCUGAUGAAAAUGCAAUAAUCUAACCCUGUCUGCUCUGCGUCACUCACACUGAGACCCUUACAAACGCUGGGAAACAUUUAGUUUGAUCAGACUGUAAACAUAAGAUGCGUUUCUGCUUCAGCUGCCGAUUCUGGAGGGAAAUUAAUAAAUUGCAAAAAUAAAUCUGGACUAAAAACAGCAAUUUAAACAUAAUACAAAAAUAAUAAACCUGAUUUUUCUAGUGAACCACCUGAGAGCAGGAAAGCAGCAACUGCAACAUUAUAAACAUGUGAAGCUAAAAGGUUAGCGAAGAAGCUAAAUGCUAACUAGCAUCUAAACUACAAUCAGGAUGACUAGUUGUAAUUAAACAGAACCUGCUAACAAGUUCUGUUAAAUAUCCAAACUAUUUAAAUGAAAACAUCUGAUUUCAAACUGAAUGUUUCUGCAGUUUUUUAUUUUUUAUUUUUAGCUAAGCUGCUAAACCAGCUAAACCACUCUAGCUUUGUUUGCUUCCAUCUUCUGUUAAAUUAACUGAUAAUUUGUUUUUAUUGAAGUAAUUUACAUUAUUUUAUUUAAGUGGAAAGUACAAUAAAAACAAGUUUCAUAUUGAUCGUCUACUGC